GAAAACAUUACUACUAUUGUUACCAUCUGUGCAGAUGGAACAUACACUAAGCCUGUUACUAUCUUCAAAGGCCAUAGUGUAUGGUCCAAAUGGACAGAGAACAAUAUAGCUAAUGUGAGGUAUGUACCUAUACUUCUUCAUGAGCUCUUACUUAACAAGAGCAACAGGUUCACCAGCUCUCCAAAUGGUUGGACAGACUGUGAAAUAGUACUAGAUUGGUUCACAAAUCAUUUUGAGCCUGAAACAAGAGAGAAAGCACAUGGACACACCCAAGUUCUUAUUGUUGAUAGUCACAACUCACAUUAUUUGUUUGAACUGCUAGAAGUAGCAGUUCAACACAAUGUUGUGCUAUUAGAGUAUCCUCCUUACUGUACACAUGCUCUCUAG